AGAAGAUCAGUCAAAGACUGUAGAACUAAAUAUUGUAGAUACCAUGAUGUCUGUUUACUCUGUUCUGUAUACUCUAGUGCUGUUCUCUGAGCUGAGCAGCCACUUGGUCACCGUAGCUAUGCCUGCAACCAAAGUAGAAGACGGCGUAACAGAGCAAGAUGGCUUGGGUUUGUUACUGGGGAACGAGCCCAUGACUGAGCCCGCUGUGUUUCCCCCUGCGUACAGACGAAGCCGUGUGCUGAACGUGAGGGAUGAAGAUGGAAACCCUAAAAUCAUUAUCAUCUCAGACAUGAGGCUGAAAGGACACAGUAUUCGUGGCCUGGACCCGGCCUUCACCCAGAGUCUUCCUCUGCCUUCGGGCCGAAGCUUGAGACACACUCCUGCCGAGCAGGGUUUGAAAAAUGAGCGCAGAGACACAGACCUGGACACCAGUUUUACCAGGACACACAGCAUGCAGGAGGAUUCAAGCCGCAGUCCCAGUUACACGGUGGCAUGCGAGGACUAUGUUCACGUGGUUGAAUUCAGUCCUUUCAGCUCUGGUACCCCUGCCUCUCUCCUGGCCUAUGGUGGAAACCAGUAUGUGGUAGUGGGCACCUGCCUAUUCCAGGAGGAGGAUAUGGAGAUUGAGGGAGUUGAAUUCAAUGUUCUUCGAGCUUUCCAUCAUGAAUUGCGUGUCGAUGCUUUUGCCUGGAGCCCUGAGUCCCGGCUGGACAGGAUACCCACUAUCAGAUUUUGCACCGCUGCAGCUGACAGAAAGCUACGCCUGCUGACUUCUGAUCUUCAGGAUAGUCAUGAAGUCAAGGUGAUGGAGGGCCACACCAGCUACAUUAACCAUUUGGUGUUCGAGCCCACGGAGGGGAAACAAAUUGCUUCUGUCAGUGAUGACCACACUUGCAGGGUGUGGGGCCUGGAUGGAAAUGAAAGCACUACUCUCAGACUUCGCUCUCCUGGCAUCAGUGUGUGCUGGCACCCAGAGGAAGCCUUUAAGUUAAUGGUGGCAGAGAAGAAGGGAACAAUUCGCUUCUAUGACCUGGUGACCCAGCAGGCCAUUCUGUCACUGGACUGUGGUCAGUCACCACUCAUGUCAGCUGACUGGUGCCUCACAAACACGAUCAAAGUCGGUGCUGUGGCGGGCAACGACUGGCUCAUCUGGGACAUAACUCGCUCCAGUUACCCACAGGAAAAAAGACCAGCCCACAUUGAUAAAGCACGGUUAUUCAAGUGGUCUCGAGCCAAUGAAAACCUCUUUGCCACCACUGGAUGUCCAGGAAAGAUCUGUAGUCAGUUGCUCAUCCACCAUCUUGGCCACCCACAGCCGGUGCUGAUCGGAUCAGCCACAGUGGGAUCGGGUCUCAGCUGGCACCGAACACUCCCGCUCUGUGUGAUUGGCGGCGACAGGAAACUGUGCUUUUGGGCGACUGAAAUGUAGACAUCUGUACAGCACUUUCCAUGGUGGAUAACUAGGUCCACUAUUUCUAUUCUAGUAAUUGUUUAAUAAAAUAUUUUUCUGAGUA